GUUCAAUGAUUUCCACUUCGUUUUAAAUAAAACACCAGAGAAAACCCACACGAAAUGUCUGAAUUUCGUAUUCCCUCUCGAAUCAACAUCGAUCUGACCGACAAAAAGGCACAGCAAAUUCUCCACAAAGGUUUAAACUUUCCUCUUGCAGAACCCACAACGAUGUCUGCAGAGGUAAACCACCAGUCGGUCAUCAUUGACAAUGGUUCGGGCGUGUGCAAGGCGGGUUUCUGCAGCGACACGAAGCCGCGGGUCGUGUUCCCCGCGGUCGUGGGGCGUCCGCGCCAUCAGAACGUUCUCCUGGACUGCCGCAUCGUGGACGCCAUCGGGGAGGGUGCGAUCAGCAAGCGGGGCAUGCUCACCCUCAGGUAUCCCAUUGAGCACGGGGUGGUGACCAAUUGGGAGGACAUGCAGAAGAUCUGGAAGCACACGUACGACCUGCUGGAUGUCGACCCCCGAGCUGCUCCCGUGCUGCUCACCGAGGCGCCGCUCAAUCCGCGUGCGAAUCGCGAGAAGAUGGCGCAGAUCAUGUUCGAGUGCUUCAAUGUGCCUGCCCUGUACGUGGCCAUACAGGCGGUGCUCUCGCUCUACUCCACUGGACGCACCACGGGGCUGGUGCUGGACUCGGGCGACGGCGUCACCCACACGGUGCCCAUCUACGAGGGCUACUCCAUGUCGCAUGGCUGCCAGCGGCUGGACCUAGCUGGCCGCGACCUCAGCGAUUAUCUGUGCACGUUGCUCACGGAGCGUGGCCUGCAGAUGACAACCAGCGCCGAGCGGGACAUUGUGCGUGACAUAAAGGAGAAACUCUGCUACGUUUCCCUCGACUACCAGCAGGAGUUGAUGAAGCAAUCCCCCAGACUGCAGCUGGACUCGACUGCCGAUGGCUGCGAGCGUGAAGCGGAGAUCUUUGAGCUGCCCGAUGGCCAACAGAUCCGGCUGGGCAGUGAGCGCUUCCGCUGCCCGGAGGCUCUGUUCCAGCCCGGUCUGCUGGGCCUGCAGAUGCAGGGCGUGCACGUGGCCACCCACAAGUCCAUACACAAGUGCGACAUUGAUCUGCGCCGCGAUCUCUACGAGAAUAUUGUGCUCUCCGGCGGCACCACAAUGUUCCCCAACCUUGGGGAGCGCCUGCAGCGGGAACUCUCCCUGCUGGCAGUGCCCAGCACCCGAAUCAAGAUCAAGGCCUGUCCCGAGCGUCGCUUUGCCGUGUGGUUGGGCGGCUCCGUGCUGGCCUCACUCAGCAGCUUCCAGGACAUGUGGAUCAACAGCGCGGAGUACGAGGAGGUGGGCUGCAGCAUUGUGCAUCGCAAGUGCUUCUAAAUGGGUGUCUUUGAGUUAUU